AUGAGCGUGGAGCCCCGGACCGUGGUGGCCACGGUGGAGAACGGCCAGCAGGACGCCGUCCUCCGGGUGCUGCAGAUCUACAACAAGGAGAAAUCCCAGUGCUUUACGUUUGAAGAUGAAGAGCGAGAAGAUCGAAAGAAAAUGGGGCAGCUGCUGAUCGAAUUCCUGGAGCGAGACCUGCAGCCGUCGUGCCAGGUGACGUGCCUGGAGGCCAUCCGCAUCCUGUCCCGGGACAAGGGCUGCCUGGACCCGUUCACCAGCCGGGAGAGCCUGCGCACCCUGGCCCGCCACGCGGGCAUCCAGUACUCGGAGGAGUUCGUGCGGGAGCUGCUCGACCUGGACGUGACGCUGGAGGCCCUCAAGUGCCUGUGCAACAUCGUCUUCAGCAGCCCGCGGGCCCAGGCGCUGACCGCCGAGGCCCAGCUGGUGGUGGGCCUGACCGAGCGCGUCAAGCUGUACAACCAGGGGGGCGUCCCCCACGACGUCAAGUUCUUCGACCUGCGCCUCCUCUUCCUGCUGUCCGCCCUGCGGGUGGACGUCCGGCAGCAGCUGGCCCGGGACCUCCGGGGGGUCAGCCUCCUGACCGACGCCCUGGAGCUGACCCUGGGGGCCACCUGGCUGGACCCCCACGAGGUGGCCGCCGAGUGGAGCCCCCCGCCGCCCCUGCCCCGCCAGGAGACCGAGCGGGCCAUGGAGAUCCUCAAGGUGCUCUUCAACAUCACCUUCGACUCCAACAAGAAGGAGGCCGACGAGGAAGACGCUGCCCUGUUCCGGCACCUGGGCGCCCUUCUGCGCCACUGCCUGAUGAUUUCCGCUGACGGCGAUGACCGCACCGAGGAGUUCCACAGCCACACCGUCAACCUCCUGGGCAAUCUGCCCCUCAAGUGUCUCGAUGUCCUCCUGGCCCCCAAGCUGCACCCAGGCUCUUUGGAGUACAUGGGGGUCAACAUGGACGCAGUCAACGUCCUCCUGGACUUUUUAGAGCGCCGUCUGGACAGGGGCCACAAGCUGAAGGAAAGUGUGACCCCCGUGCUGAAUCUGCUGACCGAGAGCUCCCGCGUCCACCGCCAGACUCGGAAAUUCCUCAAAGCCAAGGUGCUGCCUCCGCUGCGGGAUGUGAGGAACCGUCCCGAGGUGGGGAACCUGCUGCGCAACAAGCUGGUGCGUCUCAUGACCCACAUCGACACCGACGUGAAGCACUGCUCCGCCGAGUUCCUCUUCGUGCUCUGCAAGGAGAGCGUGUCCCGGUUCGUGAAGUACACCGGCUACGGGAACGCGGCCGGCCUCCUCGCCGCCCGGGGCCUCAUGGUCCCCGGCCACAGCCGGGUCGAGGGCGAGUACUCGGAGGACGAGGACACGGACACGGAGGAAUACAAGGAAGCUAAGCCCAACAUUAACCCGGUGACAGGGCGCGUGGAGGAGAAGCUCCCUAACCCCAUGGAGGGGAUGACGGAGGAGCAGAAGGAGUACGAAGCCAUGAAGCUGGUGAACAUGUUUGACAAGCUCUCCAGGCAACAAGUUAUUCGGCCCAUGGGGAUGAGCCCGGGGGGGACCCUCACGUCUCUGCAGGAGGUGAUGCGCCAGUUGGCCGAGGAGAGGUCAUCGGACGACUCGGACCUGGGCUUGGAUUGACCAACCCACCCCGCCCCCUCCGCCCCCACCCCCGGGACCGCCGGGCCCCUCCACUCUCCUUCCAGGAUCGGGGCCGCAGCCAGGGGGUUAGGGCUGGGAUCCCGUCAUUCCCAGCGGGCGUCAGGGCCGGUCACCUCCUGAGCCCAACAGAGCGAGGCCUCGUUCCCUCCCCAGACGGCGAGUCCCGCCCCCACGUCCCCCUCACCCUCUCUUCCCCCUAAAUCUCUCCCUGUCUUGACUCUGAACCCCCAGACUCUCCUGGGAUUUGGGAGGGUUGGCACCCUACAGAUCCCAGGAGCCUCAAGGCCAAUCGAUUACACCCAUAAAGAUGAGGGAAGGGAGGGGAAGAAGGAAAGAACCCCCAUCUUACCUCCCCCAAGACACCGGGGUUCGGGAGCGGGCAGAAAAGCGAGGGGAGAAUGCCCAGUGUCCGGGGAUGGGGCUUGGGGACGGAUGGGUGAGGUAGGUGGGGGUAGGAGAGGGCAUGCUUGGGUGGAG